AUGGACACCGACGUCCGCCUUCUCCACAGACACUGGGAAGAGUCAGACGUCUCUGGAAUCCACGCGAACGAGGGGUCUUCGCUUCCAGUCUUCCGCUCGAACUCUCUCAGCCACCGGCAAGCCCAACCCCCACCAGAUCAACGCUGGUCCGAUGUCUCGACCACCAGGAAUGCGCGUCGACAGCACGUUGCGAAAAUCCACUCGGUCUCCCGAUCGAGAGUCUUCGCCCGGUUUGCUUUAGCCCGCCGCGGCAAGCCGGAGAGCCCUGGUGAGGGUGAGCCGCUCUUUUGGGGCCGACUCAUGUUCCUCCUAUGCUCUUGUGGUGCUUGGCGAUGUCGCACGUGUCAGCCCUUGGUGCACAACUCCAGCGAGUUCAGCACGUGCUCAACACACGUUUUCGGUCAAUUUCUCGAGGGAUUCCAUCGCGUGGACCGUGAUGAAGCUAUCUUCACCACCAAAAUUUGGACUGAAGUUCUAGAGGUUCACAACCUGUUCAUCGCCAAGUCGGGUAUCCGAUGCCAGGACGCGUCCAAGACUUACAACCUGUCGAUCGGUAUUGAAGGAACGUCCUCCAUGGUAGUGGUGAAAGGUUGGCAAAGCUUGCCACAGAACCAAGCUUCUGCCUCCCUGAUGACAAGAAUCUCGGCGCUCUAG